AAAGUGAGCCUGGUUUCCAGCUGAGUGCUUGCUCUCUCUCUCUCUCUCUGUGUGUGUUGUCAUUAUUAUCCAGUCUGCUCCCAGCUCAGAAUGGCCAGAUUCACUCAGACUGAAACAAGAAGGCAGCAGCAACCACAGCAGCCCCAUCCCGCUCACACCAGCCUGGUUUUCACUGGACCUGGGGCAACACCGAUCCAACAACCACUAAUACUUAUCCCUCACCAGCACCAGUACUCUCAGAUCACAUUUCCUAAACCCAUGAACGGGUCAGAAUCCAUUUCAAUUCAUCCGGAGAGCGGCAACAUGAAAGACCAAGAUGCCAUAAAGCUGUUUAUCGGGCAGAUACCGCGGAACCUAGAGGAAAAGGACCUGAAACCUCUGUUUGAACAGUUUGGGAAAAUCCACGAACUGACUGUUCUGAAGGACCGAUACACCGGCAUGCACAAAGGCUGUGCAUUCCUCACCUACUGCGCCCGCGAGUCGGCCAUCAAAGCCCAGAACGCCCUCCAUGAACAGAAAACACUGCCAGGGAUGACUCGGCCCAUCCAGGUGAAGCCGGCUGACAGUGAGAGUCGUGGAGAAGACAGGAAGCUGUUUGUCGGGAUGCUAAACAAACAACAAACUGAGGAGGACGUGUACCGCCUCUUUGAGCCCUACGGAGUCAUCGAGGAGUGCACCGUCCUAAGAGGUCCCGACGGAAACAGCAAAGGCUGUGCCUUUGUAAAGUUCUCCACACAUGCUGAGGCCCAGUCUGCAAUCAGUGCCCUUCAUGGCAGCCAGACCAUGCCAAACGGCUCCGAUUCUCUCCCCCCCCAGGGCGCGUCCUCCAGCCUGGUGGUGAAGUUUGCCGACACCGACAAGGAGCGCACCAUCCGCCGCAUGCAGCAGAUGGUGGGCCAGUUUGGCAUCUUUAACCCAGCCAUCGCCCUUCCCUUCAGCACCUACAGUACCUACGCACAUGCAGCACUGCUGCAGCAUGACAAUGAGCUCAUGCAGCAGCAGGCAGCCAUCAUGGCAGCGAGCCACGGGGGCUACCUGACGCCCAGCAUGGCCUUCCCCGCCACCCAACUCCACCAGAUGGGGGCACUCAGCAUCAACGGCCUCCCACCCAACUCCAUGACCCCGGUGUCUGGGGAGUUCCACCAGGCACUGGGUAAGCAAUGCGUUUCAUUCCCUUUGGGUCUUAGCUCUCCACCAGCCAACAUCACCACUCCCAGCAUCGUCACUCCCAUCGUCAACGGCUUCACGGGCAUCCCCCACCAUCAGCCCAACGGACAUCCCGCCGUGGAGACCAUGUACAGCAACGGCCUGCCGUCCUAUUCCACCCAGAGCCCCACCGCCGCAGACACCCUCCAGCAAGCCUUCACCGGAGUACAGCAAUACACAGCUAUCUACCCAGCUGGCACACUGACUCCCAUAGGCCAGACACUGCCUCAGCCAUCACAGGUCAUCCAGCAGCAGCAACAGAGAGAAGGUGAGGGGCCCGAGGGCUGUAACCUGUUCAUCUACCACCUGCCACAGGAGUUUGGAGAUAAUGAACUCAUGCAGAUGUUUCUGCCUUUCGGGAGCGUCAUCUCCUCCAAGGUCUUCAUGGACCGAGCCACCAACCAGAGCAAAUGCUUCGGGUUUGUGAGCUUCGACAACCCAGCUAGCGCACAGGCAGCUAUUCAAGCCAUGAACGGCUUUCAGAUUGGAAUGAAGAGGUUGAAAGUCCAGUUAAAACGACCGAAGGAUGCCAGCCGCCCUUACUGACACAACCUAGCCCUCAGUGUUCACUGCAACAGCACAGGUUUUGAGGACAACUGAAGAUAUCUUGGAGUUCAACUUUUUUUCUUUGAAAACAAAAAUUAUGUUUAAAAAAAAUCCACACAAGGAAUUUUCGAAGACAUAUCAGCAUUUACUUAUGAAGAAGACGUAGGCUAUUGCAAUGAUGAAGAGAUUGAAGAUGGUGUGAAGGAGUUGGCAGCAGCUACACCGAAGGACUUCAACGCAACAAACGGCACAGUGCAAGAAAUACAAGAGAAGUUUAAAAAAAAAAAACUGAAAAAAAGAUGUGAAACUUUUCUUGUUGAGACUUGAAUUGUUAAUUAAGCAACAAACAAACAAAAAAGCAGCAACAACAAAUAGAUUUCUAUAUACGUAUUAUAUACACAUAUAUAUAAAGAAAGAGGCGCUUGUGGCUUUUACUAUACUGGAUAAAUGAGGGUUAACACUUGAAGAUCAAGACAAACAGUGGAAAAAAAGAAACUAUUCUGUCCUACUGAUGGACUUUCUUUCUCUUUCCCUCUUUCUCUUAUUCUCUCACCAUCUCUCAGCAAGCGCCAGACUAUGACUUUCUGGGGUCACUGAGGUUUCCAUUAGCUACAGUACAACUGAAAAUCUUUCACCCCUAAGGGACCAAAGGACCAAACAUUUUUAUUGCUCUCAACAGUAAUAUAAUAUAGUAUUAAUGAUACUAAUACUACAAACUACUACUAAUAAUGUUACAAGUUAAAACUUAAGAAGAAACUUACUAGCUUCAGGUUGGAGCAGGAAAAGGGGUUUUUCUUUUCUUUUCCUUUUACAUUUAUAGCUACUGGGUUUGAGAAUAUUAAAAAAUCUUUAAAAAAAUACAAAAUAAAAAAAGUAUUUUAAAAGCUAUACUAUUUUAGUGGACGUAGAAUAUGUGGAUUAGAGAUUGUUUUGGGCAUGUUCAGAUCUGCUGUUAGCAGUCAUCAUUCCAAAUCUGGACUCAUCAUCUUGGACAUAUCUCUCUAGUAACUUCUCUGUGUUGAAGGAACAAAGCAACUCUGAGUAGCUGCUCAUAAAGCGCCACACUGUAGUGCCAAAAGGUAUCCCGGAAAUUGUGUCAAACCAAACAUUCAAGACAUACAGUGUAUUGAACAAUAUUUUCAAUCUUCUGCUGUUUCUAGUCCCCCUGUCAGCGCACUGCGUUCCAUUGUGAUGUAUUAUCAUUGUAGACCACCAUCUUUUUUUAUUGCAGAAAAAGGCAUUCCGUGUCAGGAAAAAGCGAGGCAGCGUCAUUAAAGCACUGAUAAUACAGAUAAUCUGACCAUAAAGCACAGCUGUAAAAGUGCCACCCGGUAGUGUGGAUACGGAGCAGUAAAGUAGCUCAACAUCUUUAACUGGUUAAUAAAAUAUACAAAUUACCCUGACAAUGGUUAUAAAAUUGCCAACCAAGCGUUGCAGUGCCUACUGGGUCCUGCCCCCUACCGCUGCCAGCUUUCUCCAGCUGCUCUCUGUAGGGGGGGGGGGCUCCCUGCUCAAGCACAUCUAUUUUAAUAGGGACCAUCAGUUUAUGGGGACCUGAGACCUAACUCGCAACAUAAUUAGGAUAAUGCUAAUAUUGAUCAGGUGGAGAGAAGCACUGCGGGGCACGAGAUACACAAUCAAUUACACAUUGGCAUUUCGAAUGAAUUGACUGACUGACAGAGUUCAUUUUUCACACAGCGCCUGCAUGAUAAAUGCAGCAGCACCUUACCCCCUUCUCUCACUGCUUCAGGGAGGGCCUAGACUGACACACAUGUGCUGUGGGCCUGUUUGUGACUGCGAGACAGAAUGCUAUACUUUUAAAACACAUAUGACAUGUGACAUAUGAUAUACAGAGCAUUCGUAAAGUAUUUAGACCCCUUUACUCUUUCCACAUUUUGUUACGUCACAGCUUUAUUCUAAAAUGUAGGAAAUUGUUAUUUUUCCUCAUCAAUCUACACACAAUACUCUAUAAUGACAAAGCAGAAACAUCUUUUUUUAAAUGAAAUAUUACAUUUACCGAAGUAUUCAGACGUUUUUUCAGUGCUUUGUUGAGUUACCGUUGGCAGCAAUUACAGCCUUGAGUCUUCUUCGGUAUGACCCUACAAGCUUGGCACACCUGUAUUUGGGGAGAUUCUACCAUUGCUCUCUGCAGUAUCCUAUCAAGCUCUUCAGGAUGGAUGGGGAGCAUCACUGCAAAGCUAUUUUCAGAUCUCUUCAGAGAUAUUAGAUCGGGUUCAAGUCCAGGCUCUGGCUGGGCCACUCAAGGACAUUCAGAGACUUGUCCCGAAGC